AUGACAAGAAUCUUGAUUAAUUUAGAUAUCAUACCACUGCUGCUGGCAGGUAUAAUUAGCAUCUUGUACCGGAGGUUUUUUGAUGACCUCCGACCUUAUGGCAUUGUCCAGUUUGUUCCUUGCAUUGCCAUCCCCCUCAUGGCUAUCUUGUUGCUGCCAAUGUACACACAUUCUGCAUAUUGGCUUUGGAAGCAGCAUAAAUCUACAAUCGCAGGAUUCUAUCUUUUAGCUAAGAUAGAAGAAGCAAUGGAUAAAGUAAUAAACAAAUGGACCCAUCAUGUUGUAAGUGGGCACAUCCGUAAGCACUUGUGCGCUGCCAUGGUUCCUGUGUUUUUGACACUUAUGCUGGCGAAGAGGACGAUUGAAACAAACAGGAUAAGCCUAGUGAGGACAUGGAAGGUUUCAUGGACAGAGGUGAAUGAGAAUGGUUGCAAUAUGGAAAGUAGGGAGUAUGCCUACACCAGUGUUCAGUCUGAGGAUUCACAUUCACGUUGA